AUGCCCUCCAAGAAAUACGGGGCGCUCAUCGCCGACCUCCCGCGACGGCAUGCCAACCUGCUUAUUCAGUUCCGCACUAACCACGUCCCACUACAGGCCUACAUGGAGCGCAUAGGGAAAGCGUCCAGCGCAACCUGCCCGACAUGCGGCGAAGCCCCCGAGACCGUGCAGCACUACCUUCUCGCCUGCCCGACGUAUUCACUGCACCGUGCCGUUCAUUUCGCACCGCUCGGUUUCUCUGGCCGCACGAUGUCCGCCCUCCUCAACGCGAAGACGUCUCUCCGACUGCUGUUCAACUACGUCAACGCCACGGGACGGCUGCGCUCAGCGGUGGGCGCCCUCAUCGGCCCGCACUCCGGCUACCCCGACAGCGACGACGACGGCGACAACACGUAA